UCUGUUCUGAUAAUAAUGCCGAAUACGAGAAAUAAAUGGGACGGAUUCUUGUGCUUGCUUGGAGGUUUCACUUGAGGAUUAUCCACUGGAUGUAUCUUUAUGAUCGCACAUACUAGGACAUACAUUUCCUCAUUCUUUGUAGCAAAGCACCAUGAUGUAUCAUUGGAGUCAACCCAGCAGAUAGUAUUGGUUCAAGGGAUUUCCCAAGGUAUAGCAAUACUUUUGGCACCAUUGUUAUAAUCCAGUAUCUCAACCCAAAGCUGCUGAUACUCUUUGGAGGCUGCCUCGGGAUUGGUGGCUUAAUCGGAGCAACUUUUGUAGAAAAUUUUACAGCUUUCAUGCUCCUGUAUGCGCUAUAUUUUGGAUUUGGGGUGGGAACAUGAUUCUUUGUACCAUUCUUUUGAGCCUGGAGUCAUUUCCCAAAAAAUAUUGGGAUCUCAAACUCAGUUGUUCUGUGAGGCUUCGCUUGAGGAAUAUUUAUACUUGGGAUCAUUCCUCAUGUCAUCAUGAAUCCCAAAGGAUUAAAGCCCAAUGAUGGAAUUUUUCCUUCAGAAGUAGCUAUCAGGCUUCCAAAAAUGCUAAGAAUCAUGGCAAUGAUUAUGGCUGGUCUCACUAUUCUAACUAUAAUUCUAAUAAACAUGAAGAGAAAGACCCAAAGAAUGUUCAUCCGAAAUAGAAGAAGAAGGAGAGGAAGAGGAGGCAACUAUAUGAGUCUCGGAGAAAUAGAAACCAACCGAACUUCUAACCCUAAUAUAACCCGAUCUGACCAACAAGAGGAGAAUAAGGAAGGUAAUCAAGAGCAAAAUAUCCAACAAAAUCUUAAUAAUGGAAAUGAAAUUCUACCUAUUGCCAAUAACCCAGGUGAUGAGAACGAGAUUAAUUUUUCAGAUGCCAUCAAAGAUUAUAAGACACACAUACUCAUUAUUCUGAUGAUACUCUCUCUUGUGCAACCCUCUUUAGCUAUCUUCAGUCUUAGAGAAAUUGAUGAUGGAGAUUAUUUUACAGUACUAUCUAUUAUUUCCUGACUAAUUUUCUGAAUAGCCUGCACUGUAGUAGGUCUCAUAGUUGAUAAGACUAAAUGAAGAUACCUCUUCAUCGUAACCUUGGCAAUCCAAAUUAUCCUUGGGUUCAGUAUGAAUAGUGCAGCUAAAAGCAGAAGUGGUUACUUUGUCUGGUUCACAGUCUCCUCAUUCUUCUUCGGUACCAUCCUCUCAAUGAUUCCAUGACUAUUGAUAAAAGUAUAUGGACAAAAGACUGCAUCUUGGUUAUCAGCAGGCGUCUUCUCACCAAUGUUUCUGCUAACGUAUGCUUUCCUAAAGAUCCAGGAGCCUAACUCUCCAUAAUUAAUCGUAAAAUGUUUUGUGUGAUUCAAC